AUGGCAGUUAAGGCAGCCUGUUGCCAAAAAGUUGCCCCUCGUAGUUGGCUCGAUCCUCUGCAGCCUUCGGAAAACAAGCGCGGACAUCUGCGAGGCACAAUACAGCGUGGUCAAAUAGGCGCUAGAAGUUCUGCGAGAAGUCAGGAUAUCUGUAACUGGACUUCUCUUUGGCGCGGACACUCUACCGUCUCGAUGCCGUCAAGCGCGACCUCAUCAGCACGAGAGUCCGUACAAUUUCGGAAUUCCUUGAAGCCCAAAAUGUCGCGACAGUUGCAGCAGCCCCACGUGACUUUGGUGGAACACAAAGGGGCACGUUUUCUGAUCACCGAUCAACCGAAUCAUGCCAACAUGGAGAAUUUCAUAUUGACCUGUCGUUUGCAUAAAGUACACAUACUGGUGCGCGUUUGCGAAUCAACUUACAACGAAUCGUUGCUGGAAGCUGCUGGAAUAUGUGUUGUUGACUUGGAAUUCGAGGACGGAGCUCCUCCACCGGAAUCAGUCUUGGAAAAGUGGUUUCAGCUGAUCAAUGAUUUGUGGCAAACUCAUCCAGAUGGAUGUGUAGCUGUUCAUUGUAGAGCUGGCCUUGGACGAGCCCCUGCAUUGGUUGCGGUUGCACUGAUUGAACUGGGAUUGCCGUACGAUGAAGCUAUCGAAAUGAUCCGCGGUCGGCGCGCAGGGGCUUUGAACACUCGCCAGAUUCAGUAUCUCAAAAGUUUCCGUCCUCGCAAACGGUUGCGGCUGAAGAAUGGCCACAGCGAUCGAUGUUGUAUUUUGUAAUAUCGACUUGUCUGUUGUCCGUGCCUUUGUGACCCUUCUCCGCUUACUCGUACACGCACACACACACGCACGCCAUUGCUGAUGUGUACAAACUUUCUUCUCUCUAUGUGCAAUCGCUUGUUCGACCCUUGUACCUAAGUGUGUGAAACAAAUGUUCUCUGGACAAUCACUACCACUGGAUUACUUCAUGCGCGGUAGAUAUGUUGAUUAUUAUCACUUUUUUGCGUGCAAUUUUCACUGUAGAUCCUCCUAUCAGUUCGUACUCCGCCCAGUAAACUAUUUUUUCCCGCGCCAGCAUUUCGGUUUCCUCUUCCUUCUUUUUUUUCUAUUUCACCCUUCUCCAGGGAGGUUCACUCUUAUUCUGGAUUUCUUAAAUAAACGCAUCUAAGCACACAUUGUAGCGGAUGACACGCCAAGACCGCGUUUAUUGAUGAUCAAUGUAACUGCUGCCAUAAACGUUCACGUUUUUGCUGCUCAAGUGUUUCCACUUCGAAUGUGUGUAUACCUUGGAAAGUAAGACAGCUGCACUGGAAUAAUACCACAUGGUCUCUCGACUAUCAUAGGGGCCACCUGAUGUUUGGCAGUGGCUAGGCUACUGCACUGUCCCAACAGUUUAGUGGUUUCUCUGCCCUGCGCUUUUCCUUCGUAUGACCUUCAGGAUGGGUAGUUGUUAUUUUAGGGGAACCUAGCGAACGAAUAAAAAUAUAAUGUUUUUU